GCACAGGCUUUUGCUUUCAACAAAGGCUCCAAAGAAAGGCGGCUCCAUCUGGAACAGCUGAGAAACAGGGGUAACUUUGCCCACAAUGUUGAUGUCCUAAAUUCUGGGGUGGGUAACCUUGUUCCUCGCAAGCAGCCAAGACAUGAUUCAAAUGCACAGGAUUUCUUACAUUGUGCCUAUUGUCAAGGAUUUUUCGCCAGAAAACUCCUUUGGAAACACAUGGCAAUUUGCAAGCUGAGGCCCUGUGAACCUCACAGGCCAGGUAAAACCCGUGUCCAGGCCCUGUGUGCAUUUAGUACGCUUGCUCCACCUGAUGUCAAGCAGGACUUAUGGAAACUGUUAAGCAACAUGGUCCAAGAUGAUGUUUCAUCAGCAGUUAAAAAAGACAUCUGUAUCUUGGAGUACGGUGACCAUCUUUACAACCGACUGGGGCAUGAUCCAGACAAACAUGAAUAUAUUAGGCAGAAAUUAAGAGAACUUGGACGACUUCUGCUUUGUUCUAGAAAAAUGACUUCAAUGAAGACAAUACAAGAACACAUUCAACCAUCCAAUUUCAUAAAUGUUGUCCAGGCUGUAAAAGAGCUGGCAGGCUAUGAUGGCAGAACCGGUGCUUACAAGCGUCCAAGUCUUGCUCUCAAAAUUGGAUACAGCCUUACGAAGAUAUCAAUGCUUGUUGAAAGUCGUGCCAAUUUACAAAAAGACUACAGUGCUGCCAAAGAAGCUCGCACAUUUCGCAAAGUGUAUGAAACACGCUGGAACGAAAAUAUUUCAGCUGCAUCGCUGAGGACACUGCACGAAUCCAGGUGGAACCAGCCUCAACUACUUCCUUUCACCAAGGAUGUCCAAACCCUCCACUGUUAUUUGGAUGAGAAACAGAAGCAUUUCAGCGCUAAACUAUCAACCGAGAUCUCCGCUCAGUCGUGGUCACAGCUGGCCAAGGUCACAUUGACGCAGGUCAUUCUUUUUAACCGACGAAGAGCUGGAGAGGUGUCUAAGAUGCCAAUGACUGCAUACUUGUCUAACAAUACUACAGACCUUCAGGAUGACAUUUUGGAAGCCCUGACAUCUCUUGAAAAGAAACUAUGCCAACAUUUCAGACGGAUCGAGAUCAGGGGGAAAAGAGGAAGAAAGGUUCCUGUGCUUCUAACCCCAGCAAUGCAGCACACCUUGGACUUACUUACCAGCAAACGGCAAGAAUGUGGGGUUCCUCAGGAAAAUGGAUACCUGUUUGCAAGACCAUUUGCUUUGACAUGCUACAGAGGUUCUGACUCUCUAAGAUAUUAUGCCCAGGCCUGUGGCGCAAAAAGUCCCGAGAGUCUCACCUCAACAAAGCUUCGCAAACAAACAGGAACUCUCUCACAAGUUCUGAACCUUAGCAACACGGAGUUGGACCAGCUAGCUGGUUUCCUUGGUCACGAUAUAAGAGUACAUCGGCAGUUUUACAGGCUUCCUGAGGGUACUCUCCAGCUUGCUAAAAUAAGCAAAGUACUUCUGGCCCUGGAAAAAGGACGUCUGAAGGAUUUCAAGGGCAAGUCCUUGGAUGACAUAAGCAUUGAUCCUGAGGAGAAUGUGCACACUGAUAGUGAUUCCAACAGUGACCCUGAAAGCGAACCUGAUGAAGCGUACAGGUCAACGACUGAAGAGAGUAACGUGACCCCUAAUGAAAGAGAUGAUCCAUCAGAAUUGCACGUUGAUGGACCAUCUCCUCAGCAGAUACCCAAACCUCAGUCCACCAAACGGAAACAAAAGUCACCCAAAAAAGGAAAAGGUCGACAACCGGUUAAAAAGAAGCCAUGGAAGAAAGAGGAGGUCCUGGCUGUUGAGAAGCAUAUGAUGUCAUUCAUCACUACCUGCCGUGUUCCACGGAAGAGCGACUGCGAGGACUGCCUUAAAAAGGAAAAAGUAGCACUCAAAAACAGGAAUUGGUCAGCAGUAAAAUUUUACAUUAAAAACAGGAUCACAGCUCUCAAAAGGAGAGUUUAGGGGGAUGUAGGGGAUAUAUACGGUGACCCUUUUUAUAUUGCUAUAUGUGCUUUGUGACCAUCUCUACAGACCUCCGUGAAGUUACCCCCCCCAUCAGACGAAAAUUUAUAUAAGAAUGAUGGCAAUAGUUUGUGCUACGUUUUUUUUUUUGUCCUGCUAUUGUUGCGAUAUUUAUAACUCUAUUAUAGGUUUGAGGUCAAUCAACCUCCCAUUUUGAUUUAAAAAAUUGUGUCAAUUGUUUGUGCUGUAAAAAUUUGUCGUUUGUGCUGCGAUCGUUUUAUAGAUAUUGAGAUAUUAAUUUCGAGUGAGGACGUCAUAACUCCCAUGGCUGAGGGAGCUCAGCAACUCUCAAUAACAGAGGGCUGUCCAAACAACUAGCACGAACGUAUCAGGAACGAAUGGCACUUCUGGUCCAUUUUGCGGUAAAUGAGGAGGUGAGAGUGACGUCAUCACUUGAAAUUCAAAUCUACAGCCCCCCCAUUCACUACAAAAUGGACCCGAAUUCGUUUCUGCUCGUUAUUGACACCCCCGUUAUUGAGAGACUUGAUACGCUCCG